AUGCCCACCACCGAAAACAAACCGAGACAAGAGCUCAGCCCAAGUGCCUCAUACGCCGAACAUACUCUACACAAACCCGUUUCCGCCGAUCCUCUUCGAAGCGACUUGUCUUUAUCAUCCGCUGGCGACUACGAUACUGCUUCACCUCAGUCUUUAACAAAGAAAGGCAGGUCGAAGCCUUUUGGUCUGCUGAACCGCAGCCGAUCCAAUCGCGACAAAGAAGACGCCAGCCCCGAGCUCAACCCGGCCUCUUCUCCUCGUCAGGGUAACGAACCUGAACUGCACCUCAAUUCUGUGCCGUACAAGACUGCGAACCAAGGUAGUGAUCGUUCUAUCAGGGACAUGAUGAAUUCUGCAGUCCGAAAUCGAUCUGAGGACCGCGCGCCAAGAGAUUCGUCUUCUACCAGGAGGGCACAACGCGACAAGGAAUCAAAGACCCAACCGUCCUCUCUGAACGAGAACGGAGGCUCUUUUUUCAAUGGCCUCAAGAGCUCUGGUACCCGUGCCGCUGGCAUGCUGAGUGACCGUUUUUUCAACAAGAGUGGGCGUGGAGGUCGAGAGGACAAGGAUGCUCUCGACGAUGAACACUAUCAAAUAAAAGUUAUCAACUUACCACUAGUUGAACAAACACGAUUGACGAGAAUAUCGAAGCGCCUCGAGGAUUCAAGGGACAAGACGGAGUUCUGGAUGCCUGCCUUUCCUUGGCGAGCAAUAGAUUAUCUAAACUACAAGGGAUGCGAAGUUGAGGGUCUUUAUCGUGUUCCAGGUAGUGGGCCUCAGAUCAAGAAAUGGCAGCGUAAGUUCGAUGAACAAUACGACGUCAACCUGUUCAACGAGCGCGACCUUUACGACAUCAACAUAAUUGGUUCGAUGCUAAAGGCUUGGCUACGAGAACUUCCCGAUGAGCUGUUCCCCAAAGCGGCACAGGAUCGAAUCGCAAGAGAAUGCGCAGGCGCUGAGGAAGUUCCUGAGCUACUUAUCGAAGAGCUCUCGAAUCUCUCCCCCUUCAACUAUUAUCUGCUUUUUGCCAUCACAUGCCACCUCAGUCUUCUCUUAGCCCACUCGGACAAAAACAAGAUGGACUUUAGGAACCUGUGCAUCUGCUUCCAGCCGUGUAUGAAGAUCGACGCGUUCUGCUUUAAGUUCUUGGUGUGCGACUGGCGCGACUGCUGGAGAGGAUGCAAGAACGAGGCCAAGUAUAUCGAGGAGGAAUACAUGAUCUUCGACCAGCCUCCACCAAGGGGUCUCGCUGAACCAGCGAAGCCAAGACCACAAGAUGAGUCGGAGGACGACCGACAACAACUCUCCUCUUCAGGGAGCAGCAAGCAGUCAGGCCGCCUCAGCCCCAGCGACCAGAAAUCAAAGCUGAAGAAGAAGCAGCUCCAGAUAUCCCCCUCCAACGGAAGCUUCGUCUCGAACGAAUCGACGGCCCCAACCGCCUUGACCAUCAAUAGCGACCGCGAGUUAGGCAGGACCUCGAGCGAACUGCGGCCCUUGUCACCUAUCAUGCCUCUAUCUCCCCUCGGCUUCUAA